AUGACGAACGACGUCGGUCGUCUGCCUACCACCGGUGGGUUGACGCGUGUGAUGCUACCGACGCCGCAUGCUGCCCAGGGCAGUAGUGCGUGGAAUGAACGUGAUGCGCCAUCGCGACAGUCGCCAGCCUCCAACGACGUGGGCGUGCCUUCCGUGGCGCCCACGGCCUAUACGACACCCACGCCGCCGUGGAUGCCGCCGCGUCCACCAGCCGCUGUGGAGAGCGGCACGAUCAAUCCUGCCUGGAUGAGCCAGGCGUCCACGUCGCAUACCUUUUCGCACGCAGAUACCAAGCCCACCGUGCGGAGGACAACGAGUCAGCCUGGCCCUUCGCGUCCCGUGGGCCGACCGCCGCUUCUGGGCAAGGCGUCGGGGGCGCGACGCGGCCGACCGCCGCGGCAGCCUCGGCCGCCUGCGUCUGAGGCAGCGCCGGUCGCGCCGUCUUUUGCGGCGCCUGUGCCUGGUGUCGUGACGCGCCCGCCGCCAGCGCCGUCCGCCGCAUGGACGCCGUCGCUGAGCGUACCAAAGCAACAGGCGGUGCUCGUGCGCGCCAUGCAAGCGUCCAAAGCGCAGAAUGAUGCUCAUUUCACGCCGUUCCAUGCGCUGCUUCAGCUAGGCUAUGUGUUCAUGCGAUGCGCUCAGAUGCCCGUGACGCCCACGGCGAGUCUGGGCGAAGGCGUCGUCCUGCGCCUGGAUGAGGCAUCGUCGCUGGGUGUGCUUCCACCGCAGCUUGCGACGCUGGCAAGCGCAGCACGAGCGAAUGUUCCGCCUGUGGCCAAGGCACCUGCGUGGCCGGAGCUGCCGACCUUUGCCCCGGGCCAGCCGUUUGUGCUGGGCGGCGCGCCGCCGUCUCAGUCAGCGGUGGGCAUGCCGAUUACGCCCAGCAACACGCAUGUGCGCAAACUCAAGGACUGGAAGCCGAUGGCGGCGAAGGACGAAGACGACUUGCGAGCUACGAUGGAGAAGGACGCCGCGUACGAUCAGCUACGUCGGCGCCAAGACCAGGCGAUGGAGCAGGAGCUCCAAGCGCGCAUGAAGCACUUGAUGCGCGCUCAGCGGCCGAUACCGUGGUGGCAGCGCCGCGUCACUGAGUCGUCACCCCGCACCGAGCCGCUGCAGAUCCUAUAUCCUGCGCAAAAGCAGCGGCAGCAUGAGUUGCGUCCGAAGCUGCAAUGGAGUGAGCGCCUCGCUGCGAUGCCCGAGACGCUCGUUCCGAUUCGCCUGGACAUUGAGCAUGAUCCGUACAAGCUGCGUGAUACGUUCAUGUGGAAUGCCGUCGAGGACGAGGCGUCCCUGGACUUGUUCGCUGCGUCUAUCUGCGAGGAUUUGGGCGUGCCGUCGCAAGUGUUUAUGGAGCUGAUCAAGACGGCCGUACAGACGCAGGUGAAUGAGUUUGCCACGACCAUGGCUCUGCGUAUGAGCUCCACGAGUGAGCACGACGAUACGCGCGGGCGUCUGACCGAGUCGGAUGCCGAUGCGUGGCGUCGCUUGCGCUCGCAGGAGCCCGAUGCCGUGUCCACACCCACAGAUACCCAGGCAUGCGACGCAGAAGACGAGCUGCGCGUGCUGAUCAAAAUUGAUAUCAUCGUGGGCGCGACGCAUCUGGUGGAUCAGUUUGAGUGGGAUAUCGCGACGGCCGACUCUCUCGCCGCCGAGCGCUUUGCCGAGGCCUUCACGGCUGAUCUCGGCCUGGCGGGCGAAUUCAAGACGGCCAUUGCCCACUCGAUCCGUGAGCAAGUGGCGGCGUAUCUCCGCUGGCUCGCGAUCGUCGGCUACCCCCACCAGUCGCUUGAUGGCGUCGAGGACGAUAUCCGCCCUAGCUUCCUGCCGGCCAUUCCACCGUCGCAGGCGGCGCGGCAGCGCGACAUGGUCGAUGCUUUUACGCCGAAGCUGGUCCAGCUCAAUGCCGUCGAAGUCAUGCACUUGGAGCGCGAGCAUGAGCGCGACAUGCGCCGGAAGCGGCGACAAACCAAGGGCCGCCGCGGAGCACACAACGUGGACAUAGAGCCACAGCGCACGAUCCGCUCUGUUCCGCUGUAUGGCUUCCAGGGCGCUGUGCCGGAGGCGGAGCGGCCCAUGCAUGCGCGACGCGCCGCGGCCGCCGCCGCGGCGCACCUCUCGUCUGCGGCUCAGCACGACGCGAGUCCCGGCCCCGACGAGCUCCCUGCGCCGGCCAAGCGCAUCAGGCACGACUGGUACGAGAUGUUUUUCCUGUAUCCACGCGGCCGCGAGGCGCCUGUGCACCGUGCGCAGCCGCGGCUGGGACAGGUACCGCCGGCACCGGCUGCGCCACACCGCGCGCCGACCGAGGCGCCGAUCUUACGUCAUGUGCGCCCGGAAGACUUGGAACGGCAGCAGCCCAUCAUGCAUCACGGCGAGUGGCACUGCUCCAACUGUGGCGUGCCAGGCUCGCUGAUGCCAGCUCGUCGCAAGGGGCCGCUGGGCGAAAAGUCGCUGUGUGGUCCGUGUGGCAAGUACUUCCACCGGCACCGACGCGUGCCGAGUGUGACGUACUCGCGCGAUCCUGCGCACCACCGGCAACGACGCGAUGCCUUCGAGCACGAGGCUCUCCUGGCGGAGGACGGCGAGUAUGACGCGAAGCUUGGCGACGCUCAGGCCGGUGCGCCGGCGGGUGCCUCACCGCCUGCAUGGCUCGUGCAUGCUGUCCAUGCGUGCCGCGCCAAGUACCCCAUGGACCGCUUCCACCUGCAUCUGCAUGCCCGCUCGCCAGCGCCGUCGGACGACGACGUUUGGCGCAUCAAAUGCACAGACUGCCCAGGCAAAGUGUACAAGCCUGGGCCGUCCGAGUCUCUCACCAACUUUGAAAUCCAUCUCAAGAACCGCAGUCACCGUGCGGCCGUAGCGCGGCGUCUCGAGGAAGCCCAUGCCCUCGACGCCCCGACAUAG